CGCCGCCGCCGUGCUGGUCGGCGUCGCUCCACCGCGGGACCUGGUCGAGGGUGACCACCGCGUCCGCCCCGCCGCCGCCGCCGCCGACGUCCGUCGCCAUCGCGGGUCCCGAGGCCACGCUCCGGUACAUCGCGCACGGGUCUCCGCCACGCGCACGCGGCGCGGGGCGCUCGCUAGGGUUUCGGGGGCGGAGGAGGAGGAGGAGGAGGAGGAGGAGGAAGAGGAGUGCGCGAUAUGCUUGGAUGGGUUGGGAACAGAGGGGGGGGCGGUGAAGGAGAUGCCGUGUGGGCAUAGGUUUCACGGAGGGUGCAUAGAGAAGUGGCUGGGGAUGCACGGGUCCUGCCCCGUGUGCCGAUACCGGAUGCCGGCGGAGGAAGGGGACGAGGCGAAGAAGGGCGGCGGCGGCGGCGGCGGCGGCGGCGGCGAAGGAGGUGGGGAGGGGGAGCGGAGGGAGGUGUGGUUUACAAUUGCGGUGGGGAGGAGAGCGGAGAGGGAGGAGCAAGAAGAGUAUAGAGGAGAUGGAGAUGAUUGACCUGGAACACAUUGGUUUUCUUUUUUCUUUUUUUCUUUUUUUCUUUCUUUUUUCAGGGAUUGUUGUGAUCUAUCCUCUUCUUCUUUUUUUUUUCUCUUCCCUUUCUGUUUUUAGAUUCUUUUGAUUUCUUUUUGGUGUAGUUUGAACUGUACAUAUUUUUGUACAUAUUUCGUUUGAUUUCUCUGAAAAAAAUUUGUUUUAUUUUCCAGUA